AUGAAAGCUAUUUCAAAAUCUCCUUUUCGAGUUCAAAAGCCUGCUUCAAAAUUUUGGGAUGAAGACACAGAUACAAAUUUUACUACAAUUUCAGAAAAAUAUAAAAGAAAAUAUGAUAAAAUCAAGGCUGAUCUCGACAUAGAAAUAAAUUUAAGAAAAAGCAUUGAAGCCAAGCUAAUUGAGUCUAAAAACCUCAGUUCUUUGGCUGAAACCAAAUUUAAUCAAGACAUCAAAAAGCAUUUAGAAUCUAUUUUUGAGCUUAAAGAAAAGCUAACUCCCCCCCCCCCCUCCGUGAGCGAACAAAACCAUUAGAAAAAUCGCCAUUUUUUGACCAAAAACCCACCCUCCGUGAGUGAACAAAAAAAUUUUUUUAAUAGAAAAAAUUUUAAUGGAAAAAAAUUUUGAUAUAUAAGUGAUAAUUAGUAUAAUGAAAUCUAGAGCUAAUUCUGUUUAAUUUUAAACAAAUUGCGUUUUAAAACAUAAAUUUUGCAAAUUAAAUUAAUAUUUGCUUCCCAAUUUUUGCAAAUUAGGAUUUUUUUAAAUUUCGAAAAAAAAUAUUUUUUAUAUAAAUUUAUAUAUAUAAAUUUUUUUUAAAAAAAAAAAUUAACCCCCCUCCGUGAGCGAACAAAAUUUUUUUGUUCGCUCACGGAGGGGGGGGGGAGUAAGGAUUUCAGAAAUAGAAAAAGCUGAAAUGUCCGUUAAGCUAGCAGAGCUGAAUCUUGAAAUCGAAAAUAUUAUAAAUAAAUAUGGCAUCUCUGUCCAGAAUUGAAAAGGGAAAGACAGAAAUUAUCUAUAGGCAAUGACUAGACCAAUCGGGUAUUUCUCUAGCGUGAAACUGAGAGAUACACUCAGUCUUGAAAUUCCAUUUUUUGGAAUUUGUGAUUGGACAACUAUUGUUCAACCCAAGCAGCAAUCCGCAGAAGUCCAUAGCCUUCCCACUCAAUACUGGAGCCGAUAAGGCAAGGAGGAGGCGGAGACAUAGAACCCUACUUCAUAGGCUCUAUGGCAUCAGGCGAAAAAGAAGAAGAGUGGUGUGUCCAAGCCUUGAUUACCCGGUGAAUCAUCAUCUCAUUCGAACAAGUUCUCCCUGGCGAGGCCGCAAAGUGGGUGAAUCUCCGUGAGGAUCCUUGGUAACUGCGUUAUCGAUAAGCAAGCCGCAAAGCCUGUAAUAAGUUUAAGAAAUCGAAAAAAUUCAUAAAGAAAAUAAAUCUUUGAAUGAAGGAUUUAUUCUUCUGAAAAAUGAGUUAAAUGUUUCUGAAAGAAAUUUAAAGAUUUGGAAACAAAAAUUCGAAGAAAUUGAAAAUCAUGAAAAACAGCAGAUAAUAGAGCUUAAUCGAUUAAAAUGCGAAGUUGAAGAAAAAGAUAAGAACAUUUCAGCACUCCAAAGUGAUUAUAAAAAUAAAUUAUUGACUGAAAAAUCAAAAACCCAUGGACUUGUAAAAGACUAUCUUUCAAUGAAAUCUGAAAUGUUUAGGAAAAGUAUUAAAAAUUACAAAAAAGCUGCGACAAUAAUGAUGGCGAAUUUAUUGAAAAGAAAUCUAAAUCACUCAAAAAUGGAAGCUCUUUUAAAAACAAAACAAUUUGCAGUUUUAAAGAAAUUGAAUGAAAAAGCUUGUGAAGCGUAUAGGAAGAACAAAGAAAAAGCUCAUUUGGCUUUUUAUUUAAAUUCUUGAAAAUUUUUCUGUAAAAGUCAAAUUUCAUGCAAAGCCAAGUUGUCAUCCUCAUUGAAGAUAUUAAAAUCCAUUUUUCGAACAAAAAUUCAUAAUAAUUUUAUAGAAAAGUUCACUUUAUGAAAAAUAAAAACAAAUAAGAGAAAAAAAUAUUUAUUGAAGCGUGAGAAGCAUGAAAAUGAAAUGGUAUCAAAGAUAUUCAAAAUAAAAACUCUCAAAUUUAUGAAACAAAGCUUUGAUAUUUGGCGAAAAGAAACAUUAAACUUAAAGUCUGCCAACUCAAUAAAUUUUAUGUAUAAAAUCCACGAAAAAGAAAAAUUAUCACUUUGUCUCAGCAUUUGUAUACAAAAAUGGAAAAAUAAUGCAAUAAAAACAAAUUUAGAAUCAAACGCAAAGUGCUAUAGCCAAGAAAUGUCUAAAUUAGAAUUUUCAGAACAGCAAAAUAAAUGCUUAACCAAAUUGAUAAAAAAUUGAAACUUGAAAAACUUGUUCAAUAUUUUAGAAAAAAAACUAAUGAAUAGAUACCAUAUAUUUAAUGAAAUAAAAUCUUACAGCGAAGAUAGAUUAAACCUCUAUCAAGGUUUUAAAAUAUUUGCGAGACUUGAAAAAGGCCAGACGAAAAGAAAAUUUAAUCAAUGAAGAGUAAAUGUCUAUAAUAUUAAUAUAGACUAUUUAUGUGAGCAGCAUGAAUCUCAUAGGCUUGAUAAAGAAGACUUAAUAGCAAAUACAAAUGAAUUAGAAAAAGUUGUAGUAGACCUUAAAGAUGAAUUGAGAUCUCAAUUUAUCAAAAAAGCUGAUAAAAUUGACAAAAUGUUGAGAAAAAACUUAAUGAGAGUAAACUUUGACACUAUAAAAGAAAUUUAUAUUAAAGGGAAAAGAAUAAAUUCUGCAUUUCAAGCACUUUUAUCUAUAUAUUCAGCUCACAAUAGAAGCCUUGGAUUUAAGUUUAUAAUUGAUAAAUAUCAGCAAGCCAUAUAUAAAAUUAAAAGACGGAGAAAAGUGACUGAAUAUUUAAGGAAAAAGAAUUUUUUAAGAAAAAGAGUCGUCUUUUUAAUUUUAAAAAAACUUGCAGUGGUAUCAAAGUUUAGUAAAAAGGCUUUAUAUAAGGAUCCCCCCCCUCAUUUGUCCAAUUUUAUAUUUUUUUUUUCUAAGAAAUAAAAAUUUUUUCAGGACCUCAUUUGUCCAAAAAUCUAGUCAAAAAUGAUUUGUCCCAUUUUCUAGUCUUUUUUGGAUUUUUUCGCAUGUCCUAAAUUUUAGUUUUUUAUUUUAAAAAAACUAGAAAAUGAGACAAUUGAGGUCCUGAAAAUUUUUUUUACUAUCAAAAUUUUUGACUAGAAAAUUGGACAAAUGAGGUCCUAAAACAAUUUUUUUUUUCCUAUAAAAAAAACUAGAAAAAUGGACAAAUAAUAAAAGACUAGAAAAUUGGACAAGUGAGGGGGGGAUCCUUAGAAUAAUGAAGAGGAAUAAACAGAAGGAAAUUUUUAAUAAUUUCAAGAAAUGGAAAUCACUGACUGCUAGUAUGGAUAUGGAUGAUAUGAAGCAAAAUUUGAAUAAAUUCAAGGAAGAUCAAAAAUCAACAAAUUCAAAACUUGUGCAAGCUCUUGCUAUUAUUGAAGAAUCUGAUAAGAUAGCACAGAUGUUUGAGCUUAACAUUAAACAAAAAAUUUUAAGAUCACUUUACAUAAGAUUUGAAAAGAAAUAUACUGAAAUUAUUUAUAGGAGCUUACUUCUAAUGUUUUACAUUUUUAUAAAUUUUUAUGAGAGGAAUUUAAUUUAAUUUUUUAUAAAAUUUUGCAAAUUUUAAAUACAAUGUUAUGAUAUAUAUCAAAAAUGAUUCUAGCUUAGGGAGAAUUCCCAAAAUUAAGAUUUUUUCACUGUAUAUGCUUUGGUGGGGAGUUAGAAAAAUGAAAUAAAACGGCCAAAGAAAUAAAAAAUAAAAUAAAAUGUGAAAAAGAUAAUGCUAAAGUACUUAAAAAAGCUUUGAUGAUAUUUCAAAGAAAAGAAAAAAUUGAAAUAAAGAUGCGUGUUCAGAAUAAAUUUCACAAUUGGCUAUUGUAUAUAAGAAAUAAAUUUUUGAAAACAAAAAACAUAGCAAAUAAAUGCAGCAAACUGCAAUUGUGGAAAAAGUCAAUAAUUAUGAAAGCCUGGAAAAAAUAUUCGGUUGAGACACUUAUAUCAAAAAAGAAAUUGCUAAAAGAAUUGAAAACCCAAAUUAAAUUAAAAAUUUCUUCAGCUAUCUUGAAGUGAAAAUCAGCAAUAGAAAAAGAAAAAUUUGAAGAGACAAAUCAAAAAGUUCUUUCACUUUUACAAGAAAAAGAAAAAGACUUUUCAAAUAUGGCUCAGAUGACACAGUACUAUAAAUUAUCUGAAAUUAAUAGAGAAAAUACAGAAAAAGCUUUGAGGAGACUGGUUAUUGGAAAAAUGAUUAAAAUUAUUGAAUCAUCAAACAGCUAUUUUAAGAAAGACGCAAUUUAUAUAUUAAAACAAAAUUCGCUUAUGCAUAAAAGCAGCGAAGAAUCUUUAAUGAAAUUAGGAAAAAUUAAGUCGAAAUUUUUGAUGAAACAAGUAUUCAAUUUAUGAAAUUAUUGCUUAAAAGUUCAAUUAAAAAUAGAAAAUGCAGAGUUAACGAUGUCAAAUAAGAAAAAAAUGAAAAGAUAUAAAGAAAAAAUGCAAAAUACUGUUGAAAAGCAUGAGGAACUUUCAUCGCUCUAUGAAUCUCAACGAAAUUUCAUGAAAUCAAAGCUAAAUAGAGUAUUGGAAAAUAAGCAACAGAUUUUGUCAAUUAAAUUACUCAAAAAAACCUUAAAUGCAUGAUGCAGUCUCCACAACCAAAAAAAAUGCUAUCUUAAAUCAGCUCUUAAAAUAAAAGAAAUGAUGGCUAUAAGGCUUGCUUUUGGCAUCCUCAAAAAAAUGUCAAUUUCUCAAUUUAAAUCACAGUUUAAACAAAUUGAGCAAGCAUUUUCAAUAGAAUUAAAAAAAUACAAAGAAAGAGCCAGCAUUUUAUUAAAAUUAUUAAAAAAAGAAGGGAUUCCAGAUAAUUUUAUUUAUGAGUUUAUAUCUAUUAAUGAAUCAAGUAGCUUAAUGAGAUCACAACUAGUAUCUCCAUCAAGGAAAUUCAAAAAAUCUCCAACUAAUAAUAUUGUUAGAAAAAAGGUAGAAAAUUCAGUAAGGAAAGUUGUUUCAGUAUUACAAAAUCCUUAUUUAUUAUAUUCUUUUAAGAAAUGAAAGAAAACUGUUAAUCAAUAUAUUGAAAAGUAUCAGCAUCUUAAUCGGCAUCAGUUGUUUAAUUCAAUUAAAAUUUUAGAAAAACAAAUUUCCGGCUUAGUUUCCCAGCAAGAAAAAAAUUUAGCAAAAAUUACUAAAUUCCAAGCAGUGCUGAAUUCUCAUACAAAAAAUUGCAUAAAAAGCAAAAAUGUCGCAGUUGCAGUAAUCGUGAAAACUAUAAAAAAUAGCAUUUUUUCUGCAUUUAAUAUAUGGAAUAUUGCAAGACUCAAUACAAGAGCUCAAGAAAUUAUAGGAUUUCUCAAUGAAAAAGAAAGAGAGUUAUUUUCCUAUAAGAGAAAAAUUUUAAUGAUUGAAGAAGAAAAAAUCAAAGGAGAAAUGAAGCUAAAAAAGCAGAAUGAAGACGCUGAUAAACUUGUAUUUGCAAUAUCAGAGCUUACAGAGGAAAGAGAUGAUUUGCUUAAACAACUAUCAGACCGUGAAGUCUCUAUUAGAAAGCUGCUGAAAGAAAAUUCAACUCUUGCAAUAAAAUUAAGCAAGGCUCAAGUUGAAGCUGAGCACCUUAUUCAGCUUGCUGAAGAUUCAUUUAUGAACACUGAAAAAGACCUUUUUAAAUAA